UGGGUCCAGGCUCAGUGUUACAGGUGCACUGGCCCCUCCCCAAACUGUCACUGACAGACGCCAUUUUCUCGUCGACAGAGCCGCAGCAGCAGAACAGGUAACUCUCAGACUGGAGAAGAUGAAUGAUUUAACAGAUGAGGAGGAGGACGGCUCAGUGUCUGCAGUCUCCAGCUGUCUGUCUCUGAAGAGUGACAGGUCUAUGAGACAACCUCUAACCUUCAGUAAUGAACCUGGACCCUCAGACACAAAAAAGAAGAGCAAAACUCCUGUUUCUGUGGAGGAGCAGCGGUCCAGCUGUGCUUUGUGUCAGGACGUCCUGAAGGAUCCAGUCUCUACCAGCUGUGCACACACAGAUAGAGGUCUGCAGGAGGUUUUAGAUGAACAUAGGAUCAGUCUGAAGAGGAGAUGUGAACGUGUGACUGAAGGAAGUGAAGAAACAGUGAGUAAAACCCUCCUCAACAGGAUCUACACUGAGCUCUACAUCACAGAGGGACUGAGUGAAGAGGUUAAUACUCAACAUGAGGUGAAGCAGCUUGAGACAGCUUCCAAGAAAAAGACCCUCCGUGACGCUCCAAUCAAGUGCCACGACAUCUUUAAAGCCUCACCUGACCAACAGGUACACAUCAGAGUCGCUCUGACGGUCGGCAUCGCUGGCGUUGGAAAAACCUUCUCCGUGCAGAAGUUCACUCUGGACUGGGCAGAGGGUUUGGAAAACCAAGAUGUCAGUCUGCUGAUUCCGCUUUCCUUCAGGGAGCUGAACUUGAUCAAAGCUGAGCAGUACAGUCUUCUCAGGCUGCUCCAUGUUUUCCAUCCAACCUUACAGAAGGUCACAGCAGAGACGCUCGCUGUCUGUAACGUUUUGUUCAUCUUUGACGGCCUGGAUGAAAGCAGACCUUCACUGGAUUUCCACAACAAUGAGGUUGUGUCUGAUGUCACACAGCAGUCAUCAGUCAACGUGCUGUUGACAAACCUCAUCAGCGGGAAUCUGCUUCCCUCGGCUCUCGUCUGGAUAACUUCCCGACCUGCAGCAACCAAUCAGAUCCCUCCUGCACGUGUGGACAGGGUAACAGAAGUACGAGGCUUCACUGACGUCCAGAAGGAGGAGUACUUCAGGAGGAGAUUCAGUGAUGAUGAACGGUCCGGCAGAAUCAUCUCUCACAUCAAGACAUCCAGGAGCCUCCACAUCAUGUGUCUGAUCCCCGUCUUCUGCUGGAUCACUGCUACAGUUCUGGACCACAUGUUGACUACAGACCAGAGAGGAGAGCUGCCCCAGACCCUCACUGACAUGUACUCACACUUCCUGCUGGUUCAGACCAAGAGGAAGAAGCAGAAGUAUGAUGAGGGACAUGAGACGAGUCCACGGGAGCUGACGAAGGCUGACGGGAAACUUCUUCUGAAGCUGGGGAGGCUGGCGUUUGAACAUCUGGAGAAAGGAAACAUCAUGUUCUACCAAGAAGACCUGGAGCAGUGUGGUCUUGAUGCCACGGAGGCCUUGGUGUACUCAGGAGUUUGUACAGAGAUCUUCAAAAGAGAGAGUGUGAUCUUCCAGAAAACAGUCUACUGCUUUGUUCAUCUGAGCAUUCAGGAGUUUCUGGCUGCAGUCUACCUGUUCCACUGUUACAGCAAGAGGAACACAGAGAAUGACUCAUCCCUGGAUGUCUUCCUGUCUGAAGCCAUGAAGAAAUCCCUCACAAGUAAGAAUGGCCACCUGGACCUGUUUGUCCGCUUUCUCCACGGCCUCUCUCUGGAGUCCAACCAGAGACUCUUAGGAGGCCUGCUGGGUCAGACACACAACAGUCCACAAAUGAUCCAGAGAGCCAUCAACACCCUGAAGGAGAUGAGGGGUGAAGAUACCUCUGCUGACAGAAGCAUCAACAUCUUCCACUGUCUGACAGAGAUGAAGGACCACUCAGUACAUCAGGAGAUCCAAGAGUUCCUGCAGUCAGAGAACAGAUCACAGAAGGAACUCUCUGAGAUCCACUGCUCAGCUCUGGCUCACAUGCUGCAGAUGUCAGAGGAGGUUCUGGAUGAGUUGGACCUGAACAAGUACAAGACGUCAGAGGAGGGACGACGGAGACUGAUUCCAGCUGUGAGGAACUGCAGAAAGGCUUUACUUUAUGGAUGUUACAUCUCAGAGACUGAUUGUGAAGUCGUGGCCUCAGCUCUGAAGUCCAACCCCUCCCACCUGAGAGAGCUGGACCUGUAUAUAAUAUCACUGAAGGAUUCAGUGGAGCUGCUGUCUGCUGGACUGCAGAGUCCAAACUGUAGACUGGAGACGCUGAGGUCAGUUCACUGACUGUAGCUCGUGUAGUAAAUAUAAUUGGCACAAUUUGCAGAAGGUGAAGACGUUGUAAUUAUUAUUAUUGUCUUCUUUAUUUUUCUAAUGUCUGAAUAUUGUGGAGAAUGACGUAAAGUAGAGAAAGUAAAUGUUUGACGGGACAGUUGUUGAGCUUCCACAGACUCACAUUGUGC